CUCCCCGUUCCCAGCCUUUCCCAUAGUUUAUUCCCAGCUUUUCCCGUGCUUUAUUCCCAACUUUUCCCGUGGUUUAUUCCCCGAUUCCCACCAUUCCCGUAGUUUAUUCCCAGCUUUUCCGUGCUUUAUUCCCAGCUUUUCCCGUGGUUUAUUCCCAUUUUUCCCCAUGGUUUAUUCCCUGAUUCCCAUCUUUUCCCGUGGUUUAUUCCCAUCUUUUCCCGUGGUUUAUUCCCAGCUUUUCCCGUGGUUUAUUCCCAGCUUUUCCAUGCUUUAUUCCCAGCUUUUCCCAUGGUUUAUUCCCAGCUUUUCCCGUGGUUUAUUCCCAGCUUUCCUGUGGUUCAUUCCCAGCCUUUCCCAUGGUUUAUUCCCUUCUUUUCCUGUGGUUUAUUCCCCAAUUCCCGGUUUUCCGGUGCUUUAUCCCGGCAGGAUCGAGAGCUAUUCCUGCAAGCUGGCGGGGAUUGACAAGCAGCUCUUCAAGCAGUUCUGCCUCGAGGGGCGGCCGCAGGCGCUGGAGGCUCUGUCCCCACCCCAGACCUCCGGCCUCAGCCCUGGCAGACUGGGACGGGCUCCCCUGAGCCACACGUGCAGCCGCAAGACGCUUUUCUACCUGAUCGCCACCCUGAACGAGGCGUUCCGGCCCGACUACGACUUCAGCGCCGCCAAGAGCCACGAGUUCAGCCGCGAGCCCAGCCUCAACUGGGUACGGACUGGGAAGGACUGGGAGGGACUGGGAUGGACUGGGAGGGACUGGGAGGGACUGGGAGAGCCACGAGUUCAGCCGCGAGCCCAGCCUCAACUGGGUACGGACUGGGGGGAACUGGGAUGGACUGGGAGGGAC